AUGCCUCCCCUCAAGCUCAACAGCAAGAACCUCGCCCAGAUCUUCAACGCCGGCAAGGGCCAGAUCAAGGUCCCGACCUACCAGCGCAAUGCCGCCGUCAAGGAGGGCAUCGUCCACAUCGGCGUCGGCGGCUUCCACCGCGCCCAUCUCGCCGUCUACAUCGACCAGCUCAUGCAGAAGCACGGCGUGACCGACUACGCCAUUGCCGGCGUCGGCCUGACCCCCUUCGACAAGAAGAUGCGCGACGUCCUCAAGAGCCAAGACCACAUGUACACCGUCAUCGAGCGCUCCGCAAAGGGCAGCUUCGCCAACAUCGUCGGCUCCAUCAACUCGUUCCUCUUCGCCCCCGAUGACCGCGAGGCCGUCGUCGCCAAGAUGGCCCACCCCGACACCCACAUCGUCUCCCUGACCAUCACCGAAUCCGGCUACUACUACAACGAGAACACGCACGAGCUGCAGGCCGAGCAUCCGGACAUCCAAUUCGACCUCGACCCCGCCAACGAAAAGGCCCCGCGCACCACGUUUGGUUUCCUGUACGCCGCCCUCGCCCGCCGCUUCGCGUCCGGCCUGAACCCAUUCACCGUCAUGUCCUGCGACAACAUGCAGAAGAACGGCGCCAUCACCCGGCACAUGCUCGAGUCGUUCGCCCGCCUCCGCAACCCCGAAAUCGCAGAGUGGAUCUCCAAAAAGGGCCACUUCCCCAACGCCAUGGUCGACCGCAUCACCCCGCAAACCGCACCCGCCGAUAUCACCGCCCUCGCCGACAACUUCGGAAUCCAAGACGACUGGCCUGUUGUGACGGAACCGUUCAUGGACUGGGUGAUAGAGGACCACUUCUGCGACGGACGCCCGCCUUUCGAGAAGGUCGGGGUCAAAGUGGUCAAGGAUCUCCGCGCGGUCGAGGAAUUCGAAAAACACAAGCUCCGCCUUCUGAACGGCUCGCACUCCGCAAUCGGAUACGCCGGCCAACUCGCGGGCUUCCAGUACGUCCACGAGGUCCUAGCCAACGACACCUACAAGAAAUUCCUGUGGCAGAUGAUGCAGGACGAAGUCAAGCCGCUGCUUCCCGAAAUCCCGGGCGUCGAUAUCGACGAGUACUGCCGCACACUGAUCGAGCGCUUCUCCAACCCCACGAUCAUGGACCAGCUCCCGCGCAUCUGCUUGAAUGCGUCCGGGAAAAUCCCGCAGUUCAUCAUGCCCUCCAUCGCCGAGGCGAUCUGGGUCACCGGCCCAUUCCGCCGUCUGUGCUUUGUGGCAGCGGCAUGGUUCAGGUAUCUGCACGGGGUCGACGACGCGGGGAAGAAGUUCGACAUUGAGGAUCCGAUGCUGAGCGAGCUGCAGAGCCGCGCGAAGAAGGGCGGGCUCAAGCCCGAUGAGAUCCUGGGCGUGAAGAGUCUUUUUGGUGAUGAUCUCAGACAGGAUAAGAGGUUCUUAGCGGAGAUUGGGAAGGCGAUGGAGCUGAUUGCCAAGGAUGGCGUGUUGAAGACGAUGCCCAAGUACGUGGACUGA